UGAAAUUCAUGAAGCAAUGAGUCUCAGUCGAGUGGCAGAGAUGAACGAGGAACCGCAUGCCCAUGAAAAGCUUGUGGCCAAGGCAACCCGGCGUGAUCCUGAAACUGCCAGCAGUAGCAGCGCAGAGAGCCACCAAAAUGGAGAGCCUUCCGCCAUCAGGGAGCCAUCAGUCGCCCAACCGCUGACCAUCUAUCUGCUGGAGCCCUUCAUUUUGAUUCUGCUCUUUGCCUACAAUUUUUCGUCCACCGUAUUGAAGAGUCAAAUCAUUUAUCAGAGCUGCACGUCUGGAUUUGGAUACUCGAAUGAGGUCUGCCUGCUCCUAGGCACCAAGAAUGCCACAAACGAGACGAAGAGAAUCGAAGAAGAAGUGCAGCCGUACGCAGCUCGAGUCGUUGUGGUCAUGAGGAUUGUGGAGUGCAUUAUUCCGGCAUUCUGCGGCCUCUUCGCUGGCGCCUGGGCAGAUCGCUACGGACGCAAGCCGCUCCUGAUGUGCUCCUUUCUGGGCUACGGCCUGCAGUAUCUGAUUUCAGCUGGCGUUGCCUAUGCAGCCAUGCAGACAGGUGGCAUGGUUAGCCCUUGGUGGUACGUGCUCUCGAUUGUGCCUCUAUCGUGUCUGGGCAGCAGUGUCACCUACUCCGUGGCCGCCGUGUGCUUCCUAGGAGAUGUGUCCGAGGGAAAGGCUCGUUCAUACAGGAUGAUUGCCUACGAGCUGGCCAUUUAUGUGGGUCUCCUGCUGGGCAGCUUUGGCUCUGGCUACGCCUACGAGGCCACCAAUGCUUACGUUGUGCUGUGCAUAUCCGCCUGCUCCAUUCUGGUUGCCCUCUUCCUGAUGAUCGCCCUGCUGCCCGAGAGUCUGCCCAGAAGUGAGCAAAACGCAGCGACACCAGACAGAGAUGUGCUUGCCCUGCUGAAGGAUUUGUGGAGCACUUGCAGCAGACACCGCGCCCACAAAGAUCGCUCGAUUGUGUUCCUAGUUAUGUCUGUCCUGCUGCUGGCAGCCUUCGUCUCCGAUGGCAGCAACUCGGUGUUCUACUUGUUCAUGAGAGCCAAGUUCCAUUGGACAGUGAAGGAGUUUACCGAAUACGAAUCGGUGAGCAUCCUGGUGCCUGCUGUGGCUGGCUCUGGCGGCGUGCUGUUCAUUUGGUCCCUGCGUCAGUGCACCAGCUCGUCGGUUCUCUGGCUGGCCAUUGUCUCUCUCCUGAGUCACUCGUCCAGCAGCCUGAUGAAGUCCUGGGCCACGGUUAGCUGGCAAAUCUACGUCGCCAUUGCUUUGGGCGUAUUCAAGUCUCUGGUGAAUCCCAUGUGCCGGACCAUAAUCACCAAUCUCCUGCCAGCCGCAGAGCGAGGGAAAGUCUUUGCUCUGCUGGGCAUUCUGCAGACACUCUCUCCGCUGAUAUCCUCGAGCCUGUACUUUGCGAUCUACACGCGCACAUUGGACACGGAUCCGGGCAUAUUCAAUCUGCUCAGCGCGUGCCUCUACGGCCUUGGGAUAGUCCUUCUCGUUGCGGUGUGGCAUAAAAAGUCCACUAAUCGGGCGUACUACGAGCCGGUUUUCAAGUGAAUCAACAAAUCUCUUUAAA